UCUUUGGUGGCGAAAAUAAAGUUUUUGAAAAAAGCUCUUUUCUCGGAUCCUGUCACUUUAAAUUAAAGGAUUCGUUUUGGGUCAUUUUCGUUAAAAAUUCGUCGAAAAUGGUCGUACUAAAGGAACUUGCAAAUAAUAUAUUUUGGGGUGUCUGCCUGGAAAGUGGGAAGAAAUAUACCCAAACGCCAGACAAGAACUUCCACAUUUCAAUGGCUGCCAUAGACCCCAGCAACAAAGCCAGCACAGAUCCAGUUUCUGUGAUUCUGGAGAGAAACAACGCCCAGUUUGUUCUCUGCUCUCUGGUUCCCGGAAUCCUCUACCAGCAAGCCUUGGACUUGAACUUCUCGGAGGGCGAGGAACUUGUUCUGUACACGAAGGGCAAGGUUGCAGUUCAUCUGACUGGAUAUGUCCUUCAAGAUGACAUUCCUGAGGAAGCAUUUUCAAGUGAUGAUGAGGAUGAUGAGGAUUAUGAUCUGGAAGAUGAAGAAGAAGAAGAAGAAGAGGAUGAGGAAGCUGAAGAUCUAUCUGGUAAUUUGACUGCUAGGAAACGAAAGAUUAAGCAACAGUCCAAGAAACUUUUAAAAAAGGCCAAGAUGGAUAAUUUCCUAGAUGAUGAAGCCGAGGAAGCCGACGAAGAUGAUAUGGAGGAUGACUUUGAAGAUGAAAUGGAAAUGGCGGGAGAUAGUGAUGGAGAUGAUGAUGAGGAGGAGGAGGAGGAAGAAGAGGAUGGUGGUAAAAAAAAGCAGAAUGCCAAACAGAAGAAAGGAAAGAAGGCUAAGGAGAGCAACGCCAAACCUGAUGAAUCUAAGAGUUUGGCGUCAGCGGUAGCUGGGACUCCAGGAAGUGAGGAUGGAAAGAAGAAGAAAAAGAAGAAAAAGAAGAAGAACAAACAGGAUGCCGCCAACGAAUCAGCAGCCAGUGAUGGCAGCAAAGCAGCAUUGAACGACAGCAAACAGGCAGCAUCUCCAGCCAAUCAGAAGCAAGCAGCAGCUACCGGCAAAAAUAAGAAAGUCACAGCAGAGGGUGGGGUUAUUAUUGAGGAGGUGAAAGAAGGGCAUGGACCUGUGGCCAAGUUGGGCAAACAUGUAAAAGUGUACUACACGGGCAAGUUACAAAGUGGCAAAAUUUUUGAUACGUGUGUGACGGGCAAUCCAUUCAAGUUCAAACUCGGAAAGAAGGAGGUUAUUGCAGGAUGGGACGUUGGGCUGGAUGGCAUGAAAGUUGGUGGGAAGAGAACAAUCACCAUUCCUCCAAAAAUGGGAUAUGGUUCUCAAAAAGUUGGAAGUAUUCCUGCGAACAGCACCUUGAUAUUUGACAUUGAGCUGAAGGCUGUGCUUUGAGUAAAUUAAUUUGGUUAUUUGAUUGGUUGGUUGAUUGGUUGAUUGAUUGGUUAUUUGAUUGGUUGGUUAUUUGACUGGUUUUUUGAUUGGUUGGUAGUCUUCUUCUUCCUCCUUAUCAUCAUCGUCAUCAUUUUCUUGUCUGCUUGUUAAUUAAUGUUAUUAAUGUUCCUGGUUUUAUUUUCACAUGUAUAUUGUAGUUCAUUUUAUUAUCACCAAGUUUUUUUAUUUACGAUUUUGUAACAAACUUGGCUAGCAGGAAUUUCCUUGUCAGAAUUCAAGCUGAAUAAUGAAUCAAAUAAUUUUAAUGGUUCUUAAUUGGUUUAAUAUUCUGAGCACGAGUCCUCAGUUAUUUUUAGAUAUUUUCUGAAUUUCUGAAUCAAGUUGCAUAAACGUAUGUGAAAAUGAUUUUAUUCAAUGAAUUAUUGGUCCAUUCCGUGAUUUAACGGUUACAGAAUUGCUACUUUUAUUGCAGUUGAAUUCUGUCGCGAUGUUUAUGCUCCUAUGGAAACUUGAAUCUUACUACCAACUGAUAAGUUGUAAAUGUAUUUGAAUUGAUGUAGUGAAGUCAUCAUUCGCACAUUUUUAUUUUAACAACGCUUUUGGUUUUAAAUUGUGUUUUUAAUAUCGGUGGAUUCACUAUUGGUUUGCGUUCUUGUUUCUAAGUUUCAGCGAUUAGUUCUAUUCUUGCUUCAUAUGCGUUUCAACUUCUUGUAUGACAUUCACUUGUUCGCAAGCGUCAAAAAAUUAUGUUAUCUUGUAACAAGUUUUAUAACACUGGUUUGUUGUUUUUUUAUUUCGAGUUUAUCGUCUUAAAUAAUACUUGAAAAGUCAA